AUGCAUGUAUUAGAGGCUCAAUCUGCUCUACUAUCAAACUUUGAAGUUCUCGAAGUUCUCCGUGAAUUGGCGCAAAACAUGCUGACAGUUGGCGGCAGAACCUGGAGUAUUAUAAUGCAAUACCUUGCUUCUGAUCAAUCGCUAGUCGAGAGUCAAACAGCCGAACAGAUUAAAAAUUUGUUGGAAGCAUUAAAGCCAUAUCUAUUGACUAAGAAUGAGAAAUUACGAACUCUAUGUG